AUGAACCCCAGAGAUGUCUGCUUUUUGGCUUUUGUCCUGUUCUUCUGUGUGAUCUCAGCAAAAAGCCAAGGGCCCACCAGAGCUAUCAAGGACGUGGGGAAGAACAUUACUAAACCUGCAGACCCCAGUGAGGUGAAGUCCUCUAAAGGUCUAGGUCACAAGAAGCCCAAACAAGCUGACAGCCAAAAAGUCCCAGAGGCACCGAGAGGCAGAAAGAUAAGACUGGGAGUGGAGACUGAGGUGCCUGGGGCCCUGACACCUUCACCUCCUAACAUUUUGAUCCAGGUGGUAGGGAAGGGACAAUUCCAGAAGGUGGGUGACUCCCUGAGCCUGCAAGCAGGAAAUGCUCUGGAGCUUCGAUGCCGGGGGAAAUCUGUCCGCUGGAGAUUCCCAGUUUAUUUGGAAGAAGAAGGAGAGGGGCGGCUCAGAAUCAAACACUUUACCCAAUACAGCCAGCUCCUGGUGAUGAAUUCAACCAUUGCAGAUACAGGAGAAUACAGCUGCUGGUCCCGGUACUGCCGGAACAGUGAGUGUCAGGAUGUUGAGGAUCGUACGGGGAAAACCUUUGUCUUCUUUACAGAUCUCCAGGAGCUCUUUGUUCCCACUGAAGACUACUAUGAAGUGGUACAGCUUCGGACCAACCAGCCAACCCUGCUGCCCUGCCAGGUGACCAGUCCUGAGGCCCAGGUUACACUGCACAGGGAGUUCCCUCCUGAGGAGGUCUCUGUGGAUGGAGUGGACAUCUCCUUUGAUGCGAAGAAGGGUUUCACCAUCCACAGGCCCCGAGCCUCUUUUGCUGGCUCUCUUUUCUGCAUGGCCAGCCUGGGGGGCAUUCGGCAGAUCUCUACCAAGUACAUACUGAUCUACAUCAACUACCCAUCAUCCUCUCCCAAACCUACCAUUAAAGCUUCAACAAACUCUGUUUCCUUGGGAGAAAAUUUCAAUGUGACCUGCACUGCUCUGGGAGAACCUGAGAUCACUGUAGACUUCACCUGGGAGUAUCCAGGGCAGCUGGUAGGUCGGCCACCCUAUGUCAGUGAAUGUUCUAGUGUGGUGCGCAGAGCUGGACAGGUACAGCAAGAAUGGGAGAGCAUCUUAUAUAUAGAGGAGGCGCGGGUCAAAGAUCAAGGCAUCUAUACCUGUCGAGCCACAAACCUGCAGGGUACCUCGACAGCCAGCACCCGGAUUCGAAUUCUCCAGCCCUCCAGGAUCCUAGUUUCAACAGACAAGGCUGGUGACCAUUAAACUGUUAUACUGCAGGACCUUGACCUGAGGGCACCUGGAGAGUAAGUGAUACAUCCCAGUGUAGGUGGUCCAAUUCAAUUACCCUAGUCAGAGGAUAGAUUUUUCUUUACUCCAAUAGUGUUGUUCAUCUAAAUUUGUUAUAAAUAACCAUUACUCUAGCCACUUGACCCAAGCUCCCAAUCCUCAACCCCUCCAAUAUCUGCUUUAGAUCCUAAAUUCCAGCCCCCAUCCUUUUUUUUUUCUGUCUGGAACCAUGAAUUCCCUUUCCCCUUCCAUUAUUAUUAAUCCCUUCUCCCCCAGCUAGCAAAUAUUUAACCCCAUCACAGCCUCAACAGAUCUGUGGGAAUGAA